AUGGGAAGCGAGUCCAGACACUCCUCGCCCGCACGAGCAGGCUCCCAGCCUGUCUCUGAAAAGGACACCGACCAGCAUCAACCAAGCAUGCCAUUCGCGGCGAGCGACGACGAAAAGUCCCACACAGACGUCCCCGUUGAUCCUAAUGGCGUACAUCACCCAUCCAUGGUUCCUGACCCGGACGGAAAGCGUGAAUUGCGCGAGUGGGAGUGCUGGGACAAACUCGCGUAUUCAUGGCCCAAGUGGAAGAAGGCCAUGUAUCUAGCUUCCAUCGCCGGCAUCCAGAUCUCCAUGAACUUCAACACGUCGGUAUACCCCAGUGCGGUCAACCCCGUCGCCGAACACUUUGGCAUCAGCGCGCAGGCAGCGCGAGUCGGCCAGAUGAUCUAUCUCGUCUUCUACUCGUUUGGAUGCGAGCUCUGGGCACCAUGGAGCGAGGAAUUUGGCAGAUGGCCGAUUCUGCAGCUGAGUAUGUUUCUGAUCAACAUCUGGGAGAUUCCCUGCUCGGUAGCGCCCAAUUUUGGUACUAUCGUUGUUUGUAGAGCUCUUGGCGGCCUCUCUACUGCUGGUGGCAGUGUGACGCUUGGUCUUAUUGCAGACAUGUAUGAGCCAGAGACACAGCACUGGCCACUGUGCUUCAUUGUCCUGUCUUCGACCAUCGGAACAAGUAUCGGGGGUGUCAUUGGCGGUCCCAUCGAACGCUACCUUACUUGGCAGUGGAAUUUCUGGAUCCAACUCAUCUUUGGUGUCGUGGUCCAAGCAGUGCACUUUUUCAUGCCCGAGAGCAGAGCCACCAUUCUCAUCGACCGCGAGGCCAAGAGACGACGCGAGACGGGCGAGGAUCCCAACGUCUAUGGACCAAAUGAACUAAAGAAGCCCCGUAUUUCGCUCAAGGAAGCUGGAAAGAUUUGGCUGCGACCCUUUGAGAUGUUCAUCCGUGAGCCGAUCGUAUUGCUUCUCUCGCUGCUGUCAGGUUUCUCGGAUGCCCUCAUCUUCACGUUCCUGGAGGCUUUCAACGUCACCUUUCCCAAUAACUUUGGCUUUGGGACGCUCGAGGUGGCUUGGGCAUUUAUUCCCAUCAACGCGUCGUACUUUUUUACGUACUUUUUAUAUUGGCCGUGGUUCUGGCGCGAUGAUCACCUGCGCAAGAAGAACGGUCCCGACUGGAUGACACCAGAGCGCCGUCUGAAGCCACUUCUUCUACUUGCGCUAUUUGAACCUAUUGGAUUGUUUGGCUUCGCGUGGACUUGCAUGGGUCCUCCCCAGACACAUUGGAUAGCACCAAUGAUCUUCUCGUUCCUGGUCGGUCUCGCCAACUUUGCCAUCUACUAUUCCUCGGUCGAUUACAUGAGGGACGAGGGCCAGGUGCUCGAGGAGGUGGCGGCAAGCGCAUGGGGGCUCUGA